AGCUGCCGUUAAUCAGAGCCUGGUCACUCCCCACAUCCACCUCCCCGGGGCUCAGAGAGGGGAAGCAUAUUGCCCAUGGUCCUACGGCAAGAGAGGCAGCCUGUAACCAAACCCGCCCUCUUUGGCACAAAAUAGAUGCUCGAAAGACUUUGGGGCGCCUGGGUGGCUCCCUCGGUUAAGCCUCUGACUCCUGAUUUCGGCUCAGGUCAUGAUCUCACGGUUCAUGGGCUCGAGCCCCGCGUCAGGCUCUGCGCUGGCAGUGUGGAGCCUGCUGGGGAUUCUCUCUCUCCCUCUCUCCCCCUCUCUCUCUGCCCCUCCCUGCUCACUCCCUCUCUCUCUCUCAAAAUAAACAAAUAAACUUAAAAACAUUUUUUUUUAAAAGUCAAGAGACUUUAAAGAUGCCUUGGGCACAUUGCAAAAGAGGAAGCUGAGGUCUGGUGACGGAGUUUCUGCACCGCCCAGCAAGGCCUGGCACACAGCAGGUGCCUGAUAAGUGUUUAGGAUCUGAAGACCCACUGUGCGCGCACGGCAUCUUGCCGAGACACUCACCUACGUUGUCAUCUCAUUUGAUCCUACCUCGACCUCGUGAGUUGGAACCCGGAUCCCGGCCAGAGCCACGACUACACCCGCUAAGUGGGCUGCCUUGGGAGGUGGUGAGCAGCCUGUCACUGGGAGAAUCCAAGCAGGGCGGCCAUGGAGGAACAUGUCUACUCAGAGUUCCCAAACCUUCCCGGAAGGCAGCGGCGGUGCUGUGGGCAAGGGACCCAGAUGGCACUGUUGGGGCUGGUGACCGUCAUGCUGUGGGCCGGGCUGCUGACCCUGCUUCUCUUCUGGCACCGGGACGCUGUACAGAAUCUGAAACAGCUGGAAGAAACCGCUGCCCAGAAUGUCUCUCAGGUUGCCAAGGACUUGGAAAGACACAGAGGGGAUGAGAUGGCCCAGAAAUCCCAGGCUGCCCAGGUGUCACAGAACAUGGAGGAAAUCCAAGCUGAACAGAAAAGAAUGAAAGCUCAGGACUCUGAGCUCUCCCGGAACCUGGAUGGACUUCGUUCGGACCUGAGCAACCUCAAGUCCCAGAGCUUGAACGAGAGGCGCACAGCCUUGCACUCAUUGGAAAGGCUCCAGCAGGAGGUGGUAAAGCUGUGGAUUGAGCUCCACGUGUCCAACGCCCGGACCCCAAGAGUGACCCCAGGAGAGACGCUGCCACCCACCCUGCCUAUUGUCCCCACGGUGCUGGCCACGGCGCCGGCCACGGCGCCGGCCACAGCGCCCGCCACGGCACCGGCCACAACGUCCGCCACCGCGUCGGCCACAGCGCCCGCCACGGCGCCGGCCACAGAGCCCGCCACGGCGCCGGCCACAACGUCCGCCACCGCGCUGGCCACAGCGCCCGCCACGGUGCUGGCCACGUCCGCCACGGCGCCGGCCACAGAGCCCGCCACGGCGCCCGCCACGGCGCCCACCACGGCCGCACCCCUGAGCCUCUCCUCCGCCCCAGGCUCCACGUGUAACACGUGCCCCGAGAACUGGGUCAACUUCCAGAGGAAAUGCUACUACUUCGGCGAGGGCGCCAAGAAGUGGAUCCAGGCCCGGUUUGCCUGCAGCAAACUGCAAGGGCGGCUGGUCAGCAUCCACAGCCAAGAGGAGCAGGACUUCCUGGCCAAACGCGCCAACAGGAAGGGCACCUGGAUUGGCCUUCGGGACCUGGACAUAGAGGGGGAGUUUAUCUGGAUGGAUGAGAACCCCCUGAACUACAGCAACUGGCGGCCGGGGGAACCCAACAACCAGGGCCAGGGCGAGGACUGCGUGAUGAUGCAGGGCUCCGGGCAGUGGAACGAUGCCUUCUGUGGCAGCCGGCUGGACGGCUGGGUGUGUGACCGGCUGGCCACAUGCUGACCCCUCCUCCCCUGCCACCUCAGCCCCCUCCCUGGGGUUCCCCAGGAGGUCCUUGGAGACGCAGACCCUGAUGGCCCCCUGCCCACCUGCCAGGUGCACCCCUGCGUUGCUCCCCCAGUUCUGACACAGGAGCAGCCGGGCCCACGGCGGGGCCCGCAGCCGCGGCCUGGAUGCCUGUUUUGUGGCUAAGGCCCCAGCAACCCUUUCUC